GUGGUAUCAAUGACCGGAUAAACAGAAGCUUGCCAAAUUUGUAUUUGUUGACACCUGUGGAGUAGACUUGAGAUGAACUGUUGUGAUGGUCAUGAAAGGUGGGGGCGUACUGGGAGGGGGCGGCUGGAGCGAGGUUCACCGGCAGUCGGACGCGUGAGUUUCAUGGAGACGGGAUGGAAAAGAGCGACAACGACUCAAUGCUAGUCGAAGAUUUGGAAUACUUCGGAUUGUUCAACGGGAGCCGGACGAGCGAGUUUUCCACCGAGGUCGAGACUGGGAACCGUACCCUGGCCGAUGACAUGCGGAUGAACACGGUGUACACGAUCUGCGAAGUGUCCGUCGGUUGUCUGGCCGUUGUGGGAAACACGCUCGUCAUCCUUGCCUUCAAACGAGAAAAGAGACUCCGCCGGCUGACUAACUACUACAUCGUAUCACUGGCGAUCGCGGAUCUUCUCGUCGGCCUUCUCGGCAUCCCUUGUGCACUUUUGUCCAAAGUCGGUUUGCCGAAGCAGCUCUACCUAUGCCUGACGACUCUAUCCCUUCUAGUCCUACUCUGCACCAUAUCGAUAUUUUCUCUAGUCGCUGUUUCCGUCGACAGGUACUGGGCAAUUCUCUACCCAAUGGCCUACGCAAGGAACGUCACGUCGAAAACAGCUAUAUAUAUUAUUUGUCUCUGCUGGGUCCUCGGUACUAUAGUCGGAUUCCUUCCACUCCUUGGCUGGAACAACGGGAUGGCCAUCGACUCUCCCCAGUGCCACUUUACUGAAGUUAUGGACUACAACUUUCUCGUUUUUCUGUACCUGGCGACAAUCGUCUUCCCAGCGCUGCUUAUGGCAGCUUUUUACGCUCAUAUAUACUCCGUCGUUCUUAAACAGCUUCGCCAAAUGGUAACGAUAAAUGGCAUGACUGGAGGUGGUUCGAUGCUGAGGGUUCUAGGCGCUGCGAGAAAGAGGGACGUCAAAGCUACUAAAAACCUCUCAAUAAUCGUUUUAUUUUUUGUGCUCUGCUGGUUCCCACUUUACACGAUAAACUUCAUUCAAGCCUUUUGCCCGAUGUGUCAAGUGCCAGAGCUGGCGACGAAUUCAUGCAUCAUUCUAUCGCAUCUCAACUCGGCGGGAAACCCGCUUCUUUACGCCUAUCACCUCACGGACUUCAGGACAGCACUUAGGUCCCUUCUCACAUGCGCUCCCGUUGAACAACAACACCGCCCGCACCUCAUCAACUCGACCGUCAGACAGAAAAUCAUCUACAAGAUUCCAGCAUCGACUCCGAAACUUCCGCACAGGAUUUAUAACGUGGAAUCUGUCCAAACCCAGUUGGAAUCCGACUACAAACGGAUCGGGGCGAGAUGCUCCGUGGAUUCGAGUUUGGACAAGGACGGCACACCUCCGAGGACGAUCCAACCACCUUGAAUUUAUAAAAUUAGACGAGUUUUAUUUUUAAAUUCAGCUCAUUUAGUCAAAAUGCAGUAUAAUAAGGAAAGAACGGUAAAACAUUGUAACUUUCUUGCACUGAAUACGUUUAAACUAUUUAUCAUGAACCUACAACAGCUAUGAUGUUUGUUUUUAUCAGGUUAAACAAAUAUAACAACAAAAAGCUUUCCAUGAAACACAAUUAUUCGAAAAAUGAUUACGUUCCAAUAAACAUGGGCAAAUAUUUCUUAAUUUUUGUACAACUGCCGUCCGCAAUAUGUCAAAAAUUACUAUAAAAAAUCAAUUAAGGUUCACGAUAUGAAUAAAAAAGAUGACACGUAUAUGCCAAACUUGGCUUGAAUGUCAUUUACCGUGAAGCACGUACAAAUUACAAUAAAAAUGCCAAUUAAAUAAUAUUUUUAAAAAAUGUGAAUACAUCAAUUUACGUUUGGACAACGUAUAUGGUUAAAAAGCAAUCUUUUUACUUAUAAGUACGCCAAUGUUAUUUUUAAGUUUAUAAAAAUAACAAGGAUCAAUUAAGUUAAUUUUGAACAAACAAAAAAAUUUGAAAAUUUGAAAUGAUUUGAAAAAAAAAUAUAAUAAGAAAUAUGCUAAUGAAACAUGUUCACACUUAUCCAAAGAAAUGCCAAAAGUUUUUAAAAAAAAUUUAUAUUAGGGUAAAAUGACAAAAAGUUAUAAUUAUUUAUAUAUAUAUA